CACAGUUCCCAGGCGCCCGUCUGACACGCGUUAUGUGCUCGAUGCCCAGGAUUUUCGUCGCAGCUGGCCGGAUGACAACGACGUAACAUCAUGGCGGAUAACGACAAGAAGCCGAUGUCACGUUUAAUGAAACUCGCCAACAAGUUUAACUGCUUCUACCUGUCAGGCUUACAUGCAGGAGAAUGCAGGGCUUUUGUUGUCGAUGGACAGCAAGUUGGACUUGUACGUCCAGAUGUGAUGAAAGAGAUAUUGAAUCAUCCUCAAGUGUUUCAAGUACAUCCCGAAUAUGUGCAAUUAAAUCCAGCCUUUCGGGAUUACACUGAAAGAAGUGCGCGGGUCGAUGAAGUGUUGAGGGAAUGGAUGGCUAGUGGAAAAUUUGUGACAUUACGAGGCUGGAGAGAGGAAUGUCAUGAAGUGCGUGCACAAUUUAAUACACAACCGUUGUUUAAGAUGGAUCGCUCGGCUACAUGUUUAUUUGGAAUUCGGAAAUACGGAGUGGAUAUAAACGGCUAUGUAAUGGACCCUGUCAAAGGUUUGUCAAUAUGGUUACAAAAGCGUAGUCCGGACAAACAAACAUGGCCGUCAUACUGGGAUAGCAUGGUGAGCGGUGGAUUGAGUGUUGGUUACGGUAUAAAUGAAACCGCGAUAAAAGAGGCCGGCGAGGAAGCUGGCAUUCCGAAUCAUCUUAUUGCCAAACUUAAGAGCGCCGGCUGCGUAUCGUUCUUCUUCGAAAGUGAGAGGGGUCUGUUUCCCAAUACGGAAUUUGUAUAUGAUCUUGAACUGCCGCCCGACUUCGUACCAAACAAUAGCGACGGAGAAGUGGAGACCUUCGAAUUACUCCCCGUUAGUGAAUGCUUAGAGAGGAUACUUUCCCCACAUUUCAAAACCACUUCUGUACCAGUUGCCCUUGACUUCUUAAUUAGACAUGGAUACAUUACAGCAGAGAAUGAGCCUAACUUUAUACAGAUUGUGGAGUUACUCCAUGUACCUCUGCAGACUAUGUACAAUCAUCGACACAAAGCUAGUAAUAGAAUGGCUAAUGGCGAAGCGAUCGGAGCUUUAGAAAAAGUUUAAGUUUUGUUAGGCUCUUAAUUUAUACUGUGCUAAUGGCUAUGAAUUGAAUGAAAUGAAUGAGGUUCCUUUUCUGUUUCUUUAUUGGACAAGUAUUGAGAAAUAUUACACAGUUGUACACAUGUAAGACGCAAAGAACUUUUUGAUAAUUUAUAAAAAUCAUAAUUUAUAAAGAGACCUAUGAAUUCACAGAUAAAACAUAUACUUAUCGAGCUGGCCAUAUUUCUGCAUUCAUUUUAAGACUGUUUUAAUUUUUCAUAUCUUGUGUAUUAACAACGAAAAAGAAAAACUCAGUACGCUUUAUUAACUGCAUCAAUAAUAACAUGAGAAUUUUAUAACAUUUUUCGCUUAUCUAUACAAGUUUGUGUGUUUCUUAAAAAAGUAACUACAAAUUUUUACAAAUCUUUUGUAUGACGGAGCAAAAUGCAUACUAGUGAUAUCAUUUGACUCGACAAAAUUUUAAGGAUAAUUUCUUCCAUCUACAUCUUUCAUUUUUUCUAUGAGAAGAUAAGUUUUACAAAUAAUGCUAUAUUGAGAUAUUUUUUCAGCUUAACCUGCCAUUAUUUAGCACAAUGAAGUCGUAUACCAAUUACAUUAUUAUCGUGCUUGUCAACUGAACAGAUACAUUGUAAUAAAAGCAAAUGAUGAUUAAAUGAAAUUGACUUACGGUAUACAUUGCAGUCGAAACAAAAUUCCAGUAUUGUGAACACAGCAUUCCAGAGAAUAAUUUUGUCGAUAAUAUUGCGUUUAAGGACUGAAAGAUUUUUUUAAAUAAUUAUAAUUAAUAUCUUUACAUAUAUAUUAAAACUUGCAGCACGUAGCUUGGAAUUAUCAAUGCGAGACAGUCUGCAUAACACUAAGAUCACAUUUACAGUAUUAUAAGAAUGAAUAUACCAUGUACUUUUUUAGUAAGACAAAAAAUUUACAGUCUGAUCAUGUGCUGACUUUGUUCAAUUGAAUUUUAUCAUCAAACUCUUAAUCACUUAGCAUCUUUCUUUACUAGUGAUUUUUUAAAGAAGGCUCGAAGACAUUUAUAUUAUUUAUCUUAAGCAUAUGCUAAUAUUUUAUAAAUUUAAUU